UACUUUGCGCACCUCGCCAAACGACGACGAACAUAUCGAACCGUUCGUGACGUGCCGUCACCGCCACUAGACGAAGAAAUAUUGGAGCAUUUACAACGCGGCGAACUACCGCCACACGAUUACGGGUACACCAUGAUUAGGGAUAGGCGGCCUGCAUCUGCUGCCGAACGCCGCGGACAACGCCCGCCACACGUGAAUCGCCGCACGAUUAUCGAGCUACAUCUAGAAGUGCUCAACGAAUGUGAAGCGGCCGCAUGGGACAACGUCAAAGACGACUAUUUGCACAUACUCGUGGAGCAGUUUGCGCGCGACUUGGAGCGGGACCCGACUACUUGCAUUAGUUCCUCGGAUUUUUUUACCCCAAACGACGGUGCCGUAACCCACCAUUCGACAACCGACCAUUCGACAACUGACGAUUCCACAACCGAUUAUUCGACAACCCUGGAAACACUAACCCGGGAUCAACCGAUGGACUCCGGAUCAUAUCCAUCUCCACCUAAUGAAGAUGACCCCGAUCCAUGGAGUUGUAUGGAAACUAUACAAUUACAAACGGACCCUUGUGCACCGAAUGAAGACGACCCAGAUCCAUGCAGUUGUAUGGAAAACAUACAGUUAGAUACAGAACCCGACCCGCACUUCUCCCCGCGGAAUGAAUGCGCGACCCCCGACCACACUAAUUGGAUUACCUGGAUUGACCGCAACAGGCAUCUAUUGCAGGACUGCACGACGCAGCCAUGGUUUCUGCAAUUAAAAGCGGAAUGGAAAAAAUACCUGCGUGAUCACAUGGCGGCAACCGUGCCGAUGAAGAAAUUGGACUUGUGGAGACAAUGGGUUGCACAACAACAUGACCUUAUGAAUAUAUAUGGUGAGGAGGAGUGGUUCCAACAUUUGUUAGAAAAUAUCGAGGAGCAGACAGUACCGGAAAACGGCGAAGUACCUGGAGUCGAAAAAGACGUAGAAGUGGACCAUGUAAUGACAGCAGAAGAUAUACUGAUAGUCAGAGAUUUACCAGAGUCCCAACCACUGCAUGAGCAAUACUACAACAAGAAACACCUAAUAGCCAAAUUAUGGAUGCUCCUCCUCGCAUCCGUAAUCGAAGACUGCGAGCUCGAGAGAAGUAUGCAGGAGACGGAGUUAUAUGUGGAUGACCUAUUGCAGAAGCUCUGA